AAUCUGACUCAACAUUCCUCUUCUGUACCCUUCUCUUAAAGUUGUGGAGCUCAAACGUCUGUGAGCACAGAAAAAGCACAAAGGGAGGAUAACAACAACGGGGGAAAAGGAAAAUCAAAGACGUUCAGUGAAGGGUACAGACUUAAAGGCACUGAAGCUGAAGGGAAACCAGAUUGUUCCCUCAUCUCCAAGCAGCCAUGGUCUUCCUGCUCAUAUUCAUAACCCUGCUGCAUCUGCUCACCUUGGCCAUGCUCUUCAUCGCCACCCUGCAGAAGUCCUGGUGGAUAUGGGAUGAUUUAGAAAUCACAGACCUCUGGUAUAACUGUUUCCAUGAUAAUGCCACAAAUACCUGGUUGUGUGCUGCUACCAAUGAAAGUGACUGGCUGCAGUCUGUCCAGGCCCUCAUGGUUCUCUCUGUGGUCUUCUCCUCCAUCUCCUUCCUGGUUUUCCUCGGUCAUUUGUUCACCAUGUCCAAGGGAGGACUCUUCUACUUCACAGGCCUCUGUCAGGCUUUUGCAGGUUUAACAACCUUUGCGGCUUGCCUCAUCUUCACCUUCCACAGAAAGGAGAUCUUAAGUCAAUCCAGAGAUCUCAGCAAAGGUAGCUUUGGCUAUUGUUUCAUCCUGGCGUGGCUGUGUGUCCCGCUCCUUCUGAUCAGUGGAUUCCUUUACAUCCACCUGCGCAAAAAGCAGUGAGCCAAAACCGUAAAGGACGUUAAAAUACCUCUGAAUAAGAGUGUGAGGCUCUUCACUCGCUUUCCAGUUGAUAUAAACUGCACCUGAGGAAAUAAGAUGACAGAGAAGGAAAAACGUCUUUAAAUGAUACAAUUCUCUAUUCGUUCUAACUUAACAACACUCUACAGUGCAUGCCGCAUAGUUUGUGGGAGAUUAAAAAAUUAUCAUAUGAUUAUCAUCAUCAUGGUGGCAUGUCACUUAAGAUCAAGAAAACUAAAACUCAGUCAUGCUGUAAUAUCCAAAACAUAUUAAUGUUACUUUAAAGAUUUUGAUAGAAAUUAAAAUAUUGAAUGCAUAACUUGUGCUUCAUGUAUGAUUGUGAUCAU